AUGGAAGAUGUGCAGCAGGCACGAGGGCGUGAUACUGGAGGUGACAGAGACAGUAGCCUUUUAAACAUGUUUUGCUUUUCAGUUGACGCUUUUGGAGAUGACUCAAUGUGGAUCUCACUCAUUGGAUUGCUCAAGCAACUGGUUGGACACAUAGGCUGUUCUGGACACACUGUUCUGUGUAUUAAAGGUCAGGACCUGCGCGAACACCUGGGCCGCCCUGCCUUUCCAGCCUCCCGUUUCUCCGCCCCUACGUUACGGAAGAAGGCGUGCCUGGGCCACGGCCCGCCCCACCUGCAUAUUCGUUGGUCGGGAUCCACGUCCGUCACGCCCGGGUCCCGCCCAGACAGCGCUGCCCGCCGCCUCCGGCCGGGGGCAGGGGACAAGGCCGUUGCCAGGCCGCUGAAGGCCCGCUCCUCACGUGAGGCGCGGGCGCGCUCCCAGCCGCGGUUUGAGGACUGUCCCUCGCCGCCCCGCCCCCGGCACGCGUUCCCGUUGCAUGUAAAUCAUGUCCCUGUGGUUACAUAUUUAUUAGCAGAAAACUUUUAAAUGCAAAACACUCAGAGAAAUCACCAUCUUCUACAGAAAACAAGCAUGAGGCCAAGAGGAGGCGAACAGAGAGAGUUAGGAGAGAGAAGAUAAAUUCUACAGUAAAUAAAGAUUUAGAAAACAGAAAGAGGUCUCGAAGUAACAGCCAUUCAGAUCAUAUCAGACGAGGAAGAGGAAGACCUAAAAGUGCAUCUGCCAAAAAACAUGAGGAAGAAAGAGAGAAACAGGAAAAGGAAAUUGACAUCUAUGCUAACCUCUCUGAUGAAAAGGCUUUCGUGUUUUCAGUCGCCUUGGCAGAAAUAAAUAGAAAAAUUAUCAAUCAAAGACUUAUUCUCUGAUCCUUGUCUGAAGAAUCUGUUGAAACUUCCUUCAGGAUUACAUCAGCAAAUUCUCAAAGUGAUGGACUCUCAGGAGCAUUCUGACUGCAUCAAUAAGGGGCAUUGAUUUUUUUUUUAUUUAUCAUUUAGCCUGUGCCACACUUUUGGAGCAAAGCCGUAUGCUCGGACUGUUCUGGGAUUUUCUUGUUUACCAAGGAAUAUUGUCAGUGUUUUGUGUUGGGAUAUAAGUAGGGGUAUUUGCAAAACCAAACCAAAAUGUUGGAUGGCUGGCUGUUAAAGAUAAAAAGGGUCAGAGUAGGUGUGCAAGUAUGAAAACAAAGGAAAUGAAAUGCUCGAUAGUUUUCAUGUUUGGCACCAGAGAUGCAGUAUUUUAAAUACUAUCAGAAAGAGUGAUGUUUAAAUAUAUACGUAUACAGCAGAUUUUCAGUACUAGCAGGUUGCAUAUAUACAGUUCAUUUACCUUUAAUAAAUUGGCAACUGGUAUUUUAUUGAAUGGGGAAUUAAGAAUAUAAGCUGUAAAUUUGUCCUCAAUUGAUUUUUUUUUUCCCUAGGCAAUUUUUAUGACAGGUAUGAGUUAUAUUUUUAGAUAUACUUUCUAAACAGUUUGGAAGUUUGGGUGCUAUAUGAAGAAAACAUUUAAGGAUGUAUUGUACUUCAGAUGUAGACACCUUGUUUUAUUGAAUGUAAUUUAUUUAUUGCUUACAAAAAACUUUUCUCAGAAUGGUGCCUGUUAACCUAAACUUAGAAUAUAUUUAUUACAUGCAAAAUAUUUCUUAGAUAGCCACUUACAUAAGCAGUAAUGUUUCAUCUGAGUGGAUGUACAUUUAUACAUCCUGAUAAUUAUUUAAAUUGUUACUUAACCUCACUGAAAGAAAAAAAAUAAAUCUUAAUAUUAAAACUAAAUAGAUUAAAUAUUGUGGCAUAAGCAUUUUGUUCUAAUGAAGUUCCUAAAUAUAUUUCAGUUCUCAGUUUUUGUUUUUUCUUCUGGUACCAGGAAUCGAACUCAUGACCUUGAGUUUGGCAGGCAGGCGCUUUUGCCACUGAGCUAAGUCCCCAGCUCCAGUUCUCAGUUGUUCUAAUGCCAAAUCAUAACCAUUUGUGGUUGAUGUGUAGUAAGUGGUUUUGUAUUAUGGCAUCCCAUUUUUCCAUGUUCAGAGUUGGCAGAAAUUCCUCUUUUCAUUUCCUUCACUUCUAAUUUGAUGUCCCAAAAUCUUACUAGGAGUCAGCAGUUAGGCUUUACCCCUAUAGUUAAGAGAAUCUCCCUUUAAAAAAAAACAAACAUAUAUUUAUUUUUAAUUGACAAAUAAUAAUUGUACAUCAUGGAACAUAGGGUUAUUAGCAUAUCCAUCACCUCAAACAUUUAUUAUUUCUUUGUGUUGUAAACAGUUAAAAAUCUGUUAGCCAUUUUGAAGUAUACUGUUGAUUAAUUAUUGUCAACCAUAAUUGCCUUUCAAUUUCAACAGUAGCAUUGUCUACUUGGUCUUUUUAUCUAGUAUCUCCUAUCACCUUCCAAAAGAAAACAGGUCUACUUUUUUCCCCAUCCUUUCUUUAAAUUGGCAGAGGGAGUUUAAAAGGUACUCUACAUAGAAUGUAGAAUUUUCCUAAGGAGUCCUUUUCUCUUAAUCUUUGUGUUUACCUGCAAGCACUUGUAUUUAUUUCAAGCUCCUAGUAAUAAAGUUUUCCCAUGAUUGUAA